AUGCCGCCCCCUCGGAACCUGCGAGCCUUUCUCGACCUUGCCCGCCGGAGUUUGACCGCCCCAGCUGGCCAGCGGCCUUCGCCUCUGACCUUUGUGGUAGGCAACGAGUCCGGAGAUCUCGAUUCUCUCUGCUCUGCCGUCCUGUUCGCAUACUUUCGCAGCCAUGCGUCGCCCCAUUACAAACUUCACAUACCCCUCGCCAAUAUUCCCCGCCAAGAUCUCCCUCUGCGGCCUGAGCUAGGCGCUGCACUCGCGUACGCCGGCGUAAAGUCGCAGGACCUCCUCACCCUUUCCGAUCUCGAUGAAGUGACGACCACAGAUAGCCUGAACCCGGAAGAUACGCGGUGGGUGCUGGUUGACCACAAUGCGUUGACUGGGGACCUGGCCGAGCGGUUUACUUCACGGAUAGUCGGCUGUGUGGACCAUCAUGAAGAUGAGAACGUUGUCGCUGUGAACACUGGUGACGAGCCACGCGUGCUCAAGAAGACGGGAAGCUGUGUGAGCUUGGUGGUCGAGUACUGCCGUAACAUAUGGGACGACCUGUCCAAGCAGCACACACAAGAGGCAGGCGAUGAAAACCAGAGAGACAUCGAUGCCGGAUUGGCUCGCAUAGCGCUCUCGGCCAUCUUCCUCGAUACCAACAACCUCAAGUCCAAGGCCAAGACAACUGAGCUGGACAUUGAGAUCGCCGAGUACCUCGAGGCAAAGCUGGGCGGAGACUACAACCGUAAGAAAUACUACAAGGAGUUGAGCGAGCUGAAGGAGGACAUCUCUCAGUUCUCGUACAGCGACAACUUCCGAAAGGACUACAAGGCGUGGACGGAGGCCGGCAUGGUCCUAGGGACCGCAAGCAUACCGCAAGGGUUCCACUACAUGCUCAAUCACUUGGGCGACAAGGAGACGCUGAUCGAGGAGUUUCGCAAGUUCGCGGCAGAGAAGCAGUGCGACAUCGCCUGCAUCAUGACGUCUUCUGCUAAAGACGACGGCGUGUUCAAGAGGAACCUGCUCGUCUGGGGCUUCAACCCGAAAGCAGUCAAGGCGGUCGACAAGUUCAUUGAGAUGCACGGUGAAGCACUCGGGCUGACACCAUUCCAUGAUGGUGCGCUGGACUACAAGAGUGACGAUGAGGUCCGGUAUUGCUGGUAUCAAAAUGUCACCCGAAACAGCAGGAAGCAGUUGGCGCCGAUGCUGCGGUCUGCUAUGACGGAGGUGGCUAGACUAUGA